AUGUCAAAUGCGCGCUACAUGCACAUGUGCGCUACCAGCUCCGGCAAGCAUUUACCUUCUCCAGCUGACGAAUGGCACUCAGCUGUGCCGGGUAAAGCAACUAAGGAGGAAAAUGCAGCCACUAAAGGACAGCCUAGAGUCCGGGAAGUUGGUAUUACAAAUGUGGAUCUCUUUACUGUGGAUAAAGAUCAGAGCAUUGCACCCAAAACUACCAGGGUCACUUACCCAGCCAAGGCCAAAGGAUCAUUCACAGCUGACAGCCAUCAAAAUUUCGCCUUGUCCUUUCAAUUGGUUGACGUGAACACUGGAGCAGAAUUAAUCCCUCACCAGACUUUUGUACGGCUUCACAAUCAAAAAACUGGGCAGGAGGUGGUGUUUGUUGCAGAACCAGACAGCAAAAACAUCUACAAGUUUGAACUGGAUACUUCUGAGAGAAAAACUGAAUUCGAUUCAGCCUCUGGAAUAUACACUCUUUAUUUGAUCAUUGGUGAUGCCACUCUGGAAAACCCAAUCCUCUGGAAUGUGGCUGAUGUUGUCAUCAAAUUUCCAGAAGAAGAUGCCCCAUCUACAGUCCAGUCAAAAAGCCUUUUCACUCCUAAACCUGAGAUACAGCAUUUGUUCAGAGAACCUGAGAAGAGGCCUCCCACUGUUGUAUCAAACACAUUCACAGCGAUGAUACUCUCCCCACUGCUUUUGCUCUUUAUACUGUGGAUAAAGAUUGGGGCCAAUAUUUCUAACUUCAGCUUUGCUCCAAGUACCAUUAUCUUCCAUCUGGGUCAUGCAGCAAUGUUGGGGCUCAUGUACAUUUACUGGACUCAGCUCAACAUGUUUCAAACGCUGAAGUACCUGGCUCUCCUUGGCAGCCUCACCUUCCUAGCAGGCAAUAGAAUGUUGGCUCAAAAAGCAGUGAAAAGAACACGCUAAU